CCACUGCUCCUAUCCCCAUGAUGCCAGUGGACAGCACUCAGAUCCCGCAGUACAUCAGUCGUUGCUCAGUAUGUGAAGCACCUUCCCAGGCUGUGGCUGUGCACAGCCAGGACAUCACCAUCCCCCAGUGUCCCCUUGGCUGGCGUAGCCUAUGGAUAGGAUACUCUUUCCUUAUGAGUGCAGAAUGCAAUUCCUAACGGCGCAGGCGACGAGCAGUCUGCUGAAGUUCCCAGAGGGGACUGUUGAGGCGCUCGGGGAAGAUGAUCCAACCCGAGGUUCUGUGCUGUGGGGGAAGAUUUCUGGAGGGACCAGUGGCCUGGCGUGGUUGGCACGUGGUCCUCACUUUGAGGUGGUGAACUCUAUGACAGGCGAGCGGCUCUCUGCCUACCGUUUCAGUGGGCUACAUGGACGGCCUCCCACUGUCCGUGUGGUCAAGGAGUUUUCCUCGUGGGAGAGACCUGCGCUGCUGAUUGGUGUUGGAAAUGUUCUCUGUUUGUUUGACCUUGAAAGAUCACGAGUGGUUAAAGCCAUUGCUCUUCCAGGAAGGGUGAUUGCUAUUGAACCUAUAACUAAUGUCGGAGAAGGAGAUGCGAGCACUCAGUACCUCCACGAGAGUCUGCAGUGCUUCUCUGGAGUGGCAGCAGUGGCUACAGAUGUUGGGCGCGUUUUUCUGGUUGACCUUUGUUUACAUAAUUUCUCUUGGGGGCAGAAGGAAAUAGAAACAUUGGAUCUCGAAUAUGUCACUGCUGCUCCUGCUGAAGUUCCACGAAUCAGAGAAACUGUGAUGGAAGAAGGGAGACAUCUCUGUUUCCAAUUACAGAACUCUUCUAGAAGCGCAGUAUCAACGCUGUACUUCAUCAGCAGAACCAAUCAGCUCGUUGUGGGCUUUUGCAAUGGCACCCUCUCACUGUGGAAUAUGGGAACUUUGACAAGGGAGCACAACUCUCGGCUCAACGGAGGAAGGAUUCCUGUCAGUGGUGUUACUUUUCAAGAGCCUGAGAAUGAUCCUGGCAACUCUUGCUACUUGUGGGCUGUUCAGUCUACGCCAAAAAGGGGAGGUGGUGUUCUGAGUUUCCGGCUGUUGCAGUUAACCUUUGGUAAACGAACAUGCGUGGCAUCAGGACAAGUCAUGUAUGAGGGUUUGGAACGCUGUGAAGAAAGGUUCAGUUUAGAUCUCAGGGAUGGAAACUUCCCCUGGGCAGGGCAGAACAGCAGUAUGAAAUUACUCGGGUGUCAGACGAUAGAAAGUUUCAGUGAUGAUGUUGAUGAAGACAACAGCAUUAAUGGAGUAAUGUCUCCCUUCAUCAGCGUCUCAAUCUUCAGUUGGCAAGUGUGUACAAGUGGUCAGAAAAACCCAUCGACUUACUUGAGUGUGUUUGACAUUAAUGGCUGGCUCGAUGCUGAAAUGCCAGCCAUGCUCAGGCCAGAAUCCCUUCACGAUUGCUCCUAUUUUGCGCUGUGGUCACUGGAUACGGUGACAAGCCCGGCUCCUUUAGACCUCGUUUUGGAUAUGAUGGUAGACCAGACAAGUCUAACUUGGAAAGAUUCUCCUUCUUACCUAGCACCUGGCCAGAAUCCUCAUGCAAGGAACUAUAGUUUUGGUGUUAUGUGUUUGCUGAGCUUCGGAGUCUGUCGUGUGACUUGCACCAGCUCGCUUGAGGGGGAGGAGGAGUUAGAGGUGAUAGUGUCCACAGCUGCCCAGACAGGUUGUUUAGAUAUUCUGACUGAGUACUUUAAAAGUUGGACAUCCGAAGAGAAGCCAAAUACUGCAGAAAAUAUACAUUUUGUCCGUGAGUGUGCGUGGAACACAGUGCUCAACACCGCAGAAGAAUUUAACCAACUGUGUGUUCCGCUCUUUGAUGGCUCUUUCAUUGACGAAGAGAAAUACCAGUCUCUUUAUGACUGCCAGUUCUAUUUGUGCAACCUUAGCACCAUCUUAAACUGUUUGCCAAGAGAAGUAAAAGGCCUUUCUGAAGAAGACUUGACAAAUAAGCGGGUGCUAGCCGGCCACCACUUCUUAUAUUCACGAAUGGUCAUGUGGUUCCUUGACUCUGGUCUCUUUCCAGGGGGCUUAGAUGCGGGUCAGCGUUCGUCUAGACCUUUUUACAAUUACCCUCUGCUUCAGAGAUGCUGCACAGCUCAGCGACAGAGGCUGACGCGUUUGUCCAGAGGAAAAUGGGAUUUGGCUGGCCUGAUGAUUGACAGGAUGGUUUCGGACUUGGGAGAGCGAGUGCAGAAUCUGUGGUGCACAGACGAAGAACAAACUGGGAAAUAUCCCCCUCCCAGUUUAGAGGCCCUGCUGCAACUCUACCUGCUAGAAGACAUUGAAGAAAUGGACAAGCACACAAUUACAAUGUACUUGCUGCUGGAUAUCGGGCAGGCCGUGCCAGAUAACAGAGAAAGACUACUGCACUCCUUCUGCGCAGCCUUUGCUAUCCCGAAGGGGUUCAUUCAGCUCGUUCAAGGGUUUUGGCUGCUGGAUCACAAUGAUUAUGAAAAUUCGCUGGUCCUGCUCUGUCACCCAGCUACAGCCAGAAGCGCGUCGUGGCUGCGUCAGAGGGCUAUUCAGUCCCUCAUGUGCCAAGGACAGCACAGGAGAGCCCUCACGUACAUACGUGUGACGAGGCCAUUGAUCACCAGCUCCAGAGAAGCGCAGCUUUACCUCUCUGUGUUCUUGUCCAACAGGUGCAUGGCAGAUGCGUGGAACCUGUUGCAGCAAUACUCCUCAGAUUACAAUAGAGAAGAGCUGCUGCUGCACAUGUUUAAAACCUGUUUGGAGAUGGGACUUGCGGAGGGCUUCCUGGAGCUGCCUUUCACAGACACUGAGCUCGAGUGUUUGGAGGAGAUUUUAAAGUGCAGUGAUUUGAUUGAGGACCACGAAUUCUUUCCAGCCAACCAUCCAAAACCAGUCAACAAUACUGCAGCGGUGCAGGUGAAUAAGUCAGCGGAGGUGACUCUUACGGAUUCCUGGAAGAACCAAAUGCUGAAAGUCUUACCCUUCCCGAGGGUGGCAAGCUGGUGCUCACAGCUGCUGAAGAGGAGAACGCAGCAAGUCUUACCCUUCCCGAGGGUGGCAAGCUGGUGCUCACAGCUGCUGAAGAGGAGAACGCAGCAAGUCUUACCCUUCCCGAGGGUGGCAAGCUGGUGUUCAAAGCUGCUGAGGCUGCUGCCUGGGAGACUGCAAGGGAAGGGGACUGAAGGACAACAGAGGUCGGCAGAAGAUCAGGAGGCUGGCCAGACUGAACCUGCUCCUGCGAUACAAACGGCAGUCAGUCCCAGAAGAGCAGGAAGAAAACGGAAAUAUGGGAAUCCACUAUUUAAUGAAGUGGUUACCAUGGAUGAUGAAGAGUUGCAUCCCCGUGACCAAGUCCUGCAUUACCUGUCAAUUAAAAGAGCCAAAUUCCAGGCUGUGAAUGAAAGAAAAAGGUUAGGACGAUGAGUUCGAGAAUCCUUUCUUCACCUCCCGCAAAGAAACUGAAAGGAGCUUCCAGCCAUAGUAGAAGAAAACACCGAAGCCAUGCUUCCGAUCCAGGAAUGAGUUUUCCACCAAAGCUGUCAAGACAUUGGGUCUUUUGGGUACACCUGGAGACAAACGGACCUUGGUUCCUUUUGAGUGAAAAUUGUUCCUAAAAUAAAGUGCCUUUUCCAAUGCACUGUGCUGUGAGGAUAUAGAGUGUUAAUUCACGCUGGGUUUCCUGGAGGAGCUCUUGGCCCACUGCGGGAAGGCCUUUACCUCCGCUGGAGCCUGAACUGAACUGCUGCUGGCUUGGUUAAAGGAGGGAGGGUAGAAUGCAUCUGUGACCACCUACCCUGAAGUGUGCCGAGCUCUCGCUCCGUUGUGCUUCCAACCUCGCUCUUGCACAGGGCCUUCCUGACAAAGUGUUUCCGGCACCUGACAAAGAAAAUGAAUGCUUUCCUCUGUACACCUUUAUAGUGCCCAGAAGCUUUGUAGUGCCGUACCUCUGCUGUGGGGAGUAGCGAGCUACAAUUGCCGAGAGGAUGGUCAUGAACUACGAAGCAGCUUCUGAGCGUAGAGUUUCCACACUACGGGUAAUAACCAUGGGAGGCAAAGGUGAAAUAGAACGUGGUGAACUGUUUUCCUGGAGAUCAGGCUGGCCCUGAUCAAGAGCUGCGAGUGAGAGGAGACAGCAUUCACUUGGUCUCUGUGUUGGCAUUUAUUGGUGAAGGUGAUGCCUUUUCGGCGGCAUCCAGCGGCAGGACGGUGAGCGCUGCGGUGGGGUGGCCGUCUGAGGCGGUGGGGCACUGCCCUGAGACGGGAAAAGCCUUGGAAAACCGCAGCGGGAGCGGGGCGGGCGGCGCUCGGCUCCUGACAGGCGGCAGCGGACGGUCCCGCGCGGGGCCUGACGGGAGGGGGCGCUCCCGGCGGGUCCCGCGGGGGAUUUCAACCGUCCCUCGGGAGCACAGCGACCCGGAGCGCGGCACGUUAGUAUAAAGGGGCAGUUUGAGCGGCAGGGCGAGCAGGAAGGGCUCAGGGAGAGAGAGGCUGGUGGCUGGUCAGACGGGGCCGUGGGCCAUGGUGGCUACCAGGCAGAAGAUCAAAACUGCCCCGGGUGCCGCAGCGAGCAGGAGAGAUGUUGCCCCCCAGGCGGAGCCUCAGUGGGUCCGUGCAGCUCCGCAGAGCCUGGGCUGCAGGCAGUGCCCCCUCCCACAGCAGCUCACGCCUCUGGUAACGGCUCCACUGGUGGGAGCUGUGCUCGCGGGGGGAACUCCUUCGCGUGGUGGCAGAGCUGAGGGAGGAAGUAAAUAGGUUACGGACGAUCAGGGAACGUGAGAGGGAAAUAGGUCGUUGCAGCAGCGCCCUCUCCCAAACUCAGCAGGCUGCUGGAGCCAGUGUGGCUAAGCAGCUCCCACCUACGGACUGCAAGGCUGGGGGAACAAGAGAUGGGGAAUGGCAGCAAGUCCCUGUCCGGCGCAGGAAACCUGCUCCCUCCACCCAGACAGCAAACCCCCAAAUCGCCCUCAAAAAUAAAUAUGAAGCACUGCAGGUAGAACCUAUCCCCAGGGAAGAAGAAGAUGGCUCCCACAGCCUAGAAACAUUCCCUAGGCUCCAGGCAUCCUCAGAGGACCUUAAAAACAUCCUCUGUUAAUAAAAAGAGGAGAGUGAUUGUCCUGGGGGAUUCCCUUCUAAAAGGAGUGGAGGGACCCAUCUGCAGACCAGACCCGCUCCACAGGGAGGUCUGCUGCUUACCGGGGGCGUCAGUGAAGGAUGUCACUAGAAAACUUCCUUCCUUGGUGAAGGAAACGGAUUAUUACCCCCUGCUGGUAUUUCAAAUAGGCCAUGAUGACUUACAGCGCAGAUCAGAAGAGACUUCAGGGCUCUAGGGAGAACGAUGGAGGCCUCGGGAGCACAAGUGGUGUUUUGUUCCAUCCCAACACUAAGGUAUAAGGAACAGGAGGUCAAAAACAAACAGCUGUUUAAUGCCUGGCUCCGAGCCUGGUGUGAGGAGAGAGGCUUUGGAUUCUUUGAUCAUGGAGUGACCCACGCACCCACAGGCUUUCUUGCUAGGGAUGGGACACGCUUGUCUCCAAGGGGGACUAAAGUACUUCCUAAAAAUCUAGUUAGGCUUUUAAAUAAAGCUUUAAACUAGAUGUGAAGGGGGAGGAGGAGGAGACCAGGCUAGUUGGGAAUGAGCCUGGUAGUGGGAGUCCAGCGACUGAGCUAUGGUGUGCCGGGCUGGACCACCAGCGCACCACCACAGAGCAAGAGGGGGCGAGUACAGCUGGGGACAGCAAGAAUGAAACUGGAACUGCGGAGUUAGUUAUUCCAAGGACCAGUCCAUUGGGAAUGAACUCUAUGCCCUUUAUGCGGGCUGAAGGUUCGUCAGCUCAGCUGAAGUGCAUUUACACCAAUGCAAGCAGCGUGGGCAAUAAGAAGGAGGAGCUGGAAGCUGUUGUAGGGCAAAGUGACUAUGAUGUCGUUGCCAUCACGGAAAUGUGGUGGGAUGACUCAUAUAACUGGA